AUGUCCCCGACGGACCCGCACUCCAGGAGGGGCUGGGCAGGCUGCUGGCUGUGGGGAGCUCCAUCCUGUCGGCUCCCCACCCUGCUCCUGCUGCUGCAGGCCUCCCUCCUGCCCUCAGCCAGGCCGGCGAGCCCCCUCCCCCGGGAGGAGGAGAUCGUGUUUCCAGAGAAGCUCAACGGCAGCGCCCUGCCUGGCUCGGGCACCCCUGCCAGGCUGUGGUACCGCCUGCCCGCCUUCGGGGAGAUGCUGCUGUUAGAGCUGGAGCAAGACCCGGGCGUGCGGGUGGAGGGGCUGACGGUGCAGUACCUGGGCCCGGCGCCCGAGCUGCUGGGUGGGGCGGAGCCGGGCACGUACCUCACCGGCACCAUCAACGGAGAUCCCGAGUCGGUGGCAUCUCUGCACUGGGACGAGGGAGCUCUGUUAGGGGUGCUGCAGUAUCGGGGGACCGAACUCCACAUCCAGCCCCUGGAGGGAGGGGUCCCUAAUUCUGCUGGGGGGCCUGAGGCUCAUGUCCUACGCCGGAAGAGCCCUGCCAGCAGCCAGGGCCCCAUGUGCAGCGUCAAGGCGCCUCCCAGGAACCCCAAGCCCAGCCCCCGAAGAGCCAAGCGCUUUGCUUCCCUGAGCAGAUAUGUGGAGACCCUGGUGGUGGCGGACGACACGAUGGCAGCGUUUCACGGCGCAGGGCUGAAGCGCUACCUGCUCACGGUCAUGGCCGCUGCGGCCAAGGCCUUCAAGCACCCAAGCAUCCGCAACCCCGUCAGCCUGGUGGUGACGCGGCUGGUGGUGCUGGGGCCGGGCCGGGAAGGGCCCCCGGUGGGGCCCAGUGCCGCCCAGACCCUGCACCACUUCUGUGCUUGGCAGCGAGGGCUCAACACCCCAGAGGACUCGGACCCGGAUCACUUUGACACGGCCAUUCUGUUUACCCGUCAGGACCUGUGUGGGGCCUCCACCUGUGACACCCUGGGCAUGGCCGACGUGGGCACCGUGUGUGACUCGGCUCGGAGCUGUGCCAUCGUGGAGGAUGACGGGCUCCAGUCGGCCUUCACUGCUGCUCACGAACUGGGCCACGUCUUCAACAUGCUCCACGACAACUCCAAGCCGUGCGUGGGCCUGAACGGGCCUGGGAGCACCUCCCGCCACGUCAUGGCUCCUGUGAUGGCUCACGUGGAUCCUGAGGAGCCCUGGUCCCCCUGCAGCGCCCGCUUCAUCACGGACUUCCUAGACAAUGGCUACGGGCACUGUCUCUUAGACAAGCCGGCGGCUCCCCUGCACCUGCCUGUGACGUUCCCUGGCAAAGACUAUGACGCUGACCGCCAGUGCCAGCUGACCUUCGGGCCUGACUCACACCACUGCCCACAGCUGCCGCCGCCCUGUGCUGCCCUCUGGUGCUCUGGCCAUCUCAAUGGUCACGCCAUGUGCCAGACCAAGCAUUCGCCCUGGGCCGACGGCACCCCGUGUGGGCCCGCACUGGCCUGUAUGGGCGGCCGCUGCCUCCACAUGGACCAACUCCAGGACUUCAAGGUCCCACAGGCCGGCGGCUGGGGUCCCUGGGGGUCCUGGGGCAGCUGCUCUCGGAGCUGCGGGGGCGGCGUCCAGUUCUCCUCCCGGGACUGCUCGCAGCCCGUCCCCCGGAACGGCGGCGAGUACUGUGAGGGCCGCCGCACCCGCUUCCGCUCCUGCAGCACGCAGGCCUGCCCGGAGGGCUCAGCACUGACCUUCCGUGAAGAGCAGUGUGCUGCCUACAACCACCGCCCUGACCUCUUCAAGAGCUUCCCCGGGCCCAUGGACUGGGUCCCUCGCUACGUGGGUGUGGCUGCCCGUGACCAGUGCAAACUCACCUGCCAGGCCCGGGCCCUGGGCUACUACUACGUGCUGGAGCCGCGGGUGGCAGACGGGACCCCCUGCUCCCCAGACAGCACCUCGGUCUGUGUUCAAGGCCGCUGCAUCCAUGCCGGCUGUGACCGCGUCAUUGGCUCCAAAAAGAAAUUUGACAAAUGCAUGGUGUGCGGCGGCAACGGCUCCGGCUGCAGCAAGCAGUCCGGCUCCUCCAGAAAGUUCAGGUACGGCUACAACAGCGUGGUCACCAUGCCGGCGGGGGCCACCCACAUCCUGGUGCGGCAGCAGGAGGCCCCAGGUGUGCAGAGCCUCUACCUGGCCCUCAGACUCCCCAACGGCUCCUAUGCCCUCAACGGUGAAUACACACUGACGCCCUCCCCCACCGACGUGGUGCUGGCAGGGGCCGCCAGCCUGCGCUACAGCGGGGCCACAGCAGCCACCGAGACGCUGGCCGGCCACGGGCCCCUGGCCCAGCCCUUAACGCUGCAGGUCCUGAUGGCCGGUGACCCCCAGAAUGCCCGCGUCCGGUACAGUUUCUUCGUGCCCCUGCCGGCCCCUCCGCGGCAGCCGGCUCCCCGGGACUGGCUGCACCGAAAGGCGCAGAUCCUGGAGGUGCUGCGGCGCCGCCCCUGGACCGGCAAGAAAUAG